UUCUCUGACUAUAAGUCAAGUUGGCAUUUUUCGUUCAAAUUUCGUUCAUUUGUUGAUAGAUAUUCACACCAUGUCGUUGUUACGCUCGGUUAUUCCGCUGUCGAUUCUUGUGCUGCUUCACGCUCCUAAAGCAUUCGGUGAACAAGCUAAAACCGUAGUUGUUGACAAAUGGUACGACGGAUUCAAGGGAUUAAUUACUCUGGACCUCACGGAUGAUGUUACCUCUGGGUGGACCUUGACUUUGUCUUUUCCAGUUCCUACUCCGAAUUUGGAAAUUUGGCGAGCAGAGAUAGUUGACAACCAAGGCGAUAAAGUAUAUACAAUGAAGAAUAUGCCAUGGAAUACACAAAUGUCUAAAGGAACCUUCAAGUUGUAUUUCAUCGCCAAAAAGUCUGACGUAACAAAGGAUCCUCCUAUUGGCGCCGUCAUGUUUAGUCGCGGUGCACCAAUAACCAACCAACCGCCCACUGCUAGCCCGAGUCCUCCUCCGCCAGCGACGAAACCGCCCAGUUCAUCUCCUGGCCCUGACACCACUCGACCUACGCAGCCGCCGCAAACCACUGCACCUCCUUCGCUAACACAAUCGCCGUCUCGGGGGCCCGGAAAGUAUGACUACAGUGAAGUGCUGAAACUUUCCAUCUUGUUCUACGAAGCUCAGCGAUCUGGCAAGCUUCCACCUAACAACCGAGUCAAGUGGAGAAAGGACUCGGCACUAGGUGACAAAGGGCCGAACGGUGAAGACUUAACCGGUGGAUGGUAUGACGCGGGUGAUUACGUUAAGUUUGGUUUUCCGAUGGCAUCAUCUGUCACAGUGUUAGCCUGGGGUAUUGUGGAAUACAAGGAGGCUUAUGUAGCUGCUGGCCAGUACAGCAACGUGUUAGAUAGCAUCAAGUGGGCCACGGACUAUUUCAUAAAAGCUCACACGAAAAAAGAAGAAUUCUAUGGUCAGGUUGGAGAUGGAGAUCUUGACCACGCUUUUUGGGGCAGACCUGAAGACAUGACCAUGAGGCGACCCGCCUGGAAGAUCACUCCACAAAAUCCUGGAUCCGAUCUCGCAGCUGAAACUGCAGCAGCACUGGCCGCUGCAUCGAUUGCCUUCAAAGCUCAAAAUACUCGUGCCUCUAAGAAGUAUGCUAGGAAACUUUUAACGCACUCAAAGCAACUGUACGCGUUUGCAGACAAGUAUCGUGGAGUAUACAGUGAUUCCAUUCCCAACGCAGGGAAAUUCUACAAAUCCUACAGCGGGUUUCAGGACGAGUUAGUGUGGGGUGCAGCUUGGUUGUACAGAGCGACAAAGGAGUCUUCAUAUCUUGUGAAGGCUGAGAAGUACUAUAAGGAUUAUGGGAUGGAUGGUCAGGCCUGGGCAUUUUCUUGGGACGAUAAAAAAGCCGGGGUACAGUUGCUGCUCGCUCAGUUGACGAAAAAAGAAUCCUACAAAAACGCCAUUAAAGCAUCUCUCGACAACUGGCUUCCCGGAGGUAGUGUCCGUUACACUCCCAAGGGCCUUGCAUGGCGUAUCAAAUGGGGCUCGAACCGAUAUGCAGCCAAUACAGCUUUCCUGGCGCUGGUUGCCGCUGAUCAGGGUCUAAAGCGAACAGCUUAUCGCAAUUUCGCAAAGAAACAAAUUAAUUACAUGCUUGGAGACAGUGGACGCAGCUUCGUGGUUGGGUUCGGAAAAAAUCCGCCACGAAGACCACAUCACAGCUCCAGCUCCUGCCCGUCCGCUCCACAGCCAUGCGGUUGGGAUAACUUCAACGCGGAUAUACCCAAUGCGCAUGUUCUAAAAGGUGCAUUAGUUGGGGGUCCCGACGAGAAUGACAACUACAAGGACGACAGAAAAGACUACGUCAUGAAUGAAGUCACUACUGACUACAACGCUGGUUUCCAGUCUUCUGUCUCGGGUCUAAAACAGCUGGAGCUGUAAUAGUCCAACGGAAAUAUGAAGUUUUUUCAAAGAGCUUAAGACUUAAGAAGUCUUUUGAUUUCAUGCUGUUUGUAGUUGUGCCUGAAAUACUUUAAUAAA